UGUGCAAUAAUAUUUAUCUUAAAUAAAAUCAUUUUUAUUAAUUAAUUAUCCUCUAGUUUGUUUUUUUAAAUUAAAGUUUAUGUUUUUAAUAUAGUUCAGUAUUUUAUAAAUAAUAGCAACAAUGAAUGGAAAUGCUAGUCAAGAUGAACAAAAUAUUACAUCAGUUUUAACAUUUUUUGUGAAUGGUAAAAAGAUUGAAGACAAUGCUGUCGAUCCAGAAUGGACGUUGUUACAAUAUCUACGACAAAAAUUAUGUUUAACUGGAACCAAAUUGGGAUGCGCCGAAGGUGGCUGUGGUGCUUGUACAGUAAUGGUAUCGAAAUAUGAUAGGAAAUUGAAAAAAUUAAUCCAUAUUUCGGUUAACGCCUGUUUAGCUCCCGUGUGCAGUAUGCAUGGAUUGGCUGUAACAACUAUUGAAGGAAUCGGAAGUACUAAACAAAAAUUACAUCCAGUACAAGAGCGAAUCGCUAAGGCACAUGGUUCACAAUGUGGUUUUUGUACACCUGGAAUAGUAAUGUCAAUGUACACACUUUUACGGAAUAUGCCAAAACCAUCAAUGCAUGAUAUGGAAAUAGCGUUCCAAGGAAAUUUAUGUCGAUGUACUGGAUAUCGUGCAAUUAUUGAAGGGUAUAAAACAUUUACAGAGGAAUGGGAAUGUCAAAUGGGUGAAAAGUGUUGUAAAAACAUGAAAAUUAAUCAAAGUGAAGAACUAUUCAAUAAAACUGAAUUUAUUCCAUAUGAUCCAAGUCAAGAACCAAUUUUCCCACCUGAAUUAAAAUUAAAUGAUGUUUACGAUCAGCAAUAUUUAUGUAUUAAAAGUUCAAAUGUUGUAUGGCAUCGACCUCAAACUUUAAAUCAAUUAUUGGAAUUGAAAUCGAAAUAUCCUGAUUGUAAAAUAAUUGUAGGAAAUACAGAAGUUGGAGUUGAAGUAAAAUUUAAACAUUUUAUAUAUCCAGUACUUAUUCAACCAAAUCGAAUUCCAGAAUUAACCACAAUUACAAAAGGACCUGGUGGUUUAACAAUUGGAGCAUCUGUCACACUACAAGAAAUUGACAACAAAUUACGCGAAGAAAUUAAAAAUGAACCAGAAUACAAAACAAGAAUUUUUAAAGCAAUUACAGAAAUGUUAAAUUGGUUUGCUGGCAAACAAAUUCGUAAUGUUGCUGCAAUUGGGGGCAAUUUAAUGACUGGUAGUCCAAUAUCAGAUUUAAAUCCCAUACUGACAGCGGUUAAUUGUGAAAUCGAGUUACGUAGUCAAAAAAAUGGAUCUCGUAAAGCAGUAAUCAAUGAAAAAUUCUUUACUGGAUACAGGCGAAACAUUGUGGAUAAGGAUGAAAUUUUAGUAUCCAUUAAUAUCCCUUACACGACCCAAGAUCAAUAUUUCUUUGCGUAUAAACAAGCUAAACGAAGGGAUGACGAUAUUGCUAUCGUAAACACUGCAAUUUUUGUCGAAUUUAAAAAAAAUACCAAAAUUAUUUCGGACAUUCGUUUAGCAUUUGGUGGAAUGGCACCAACCACUGUAAUGGCAUUAAAAACACGAGAAACUUUAAGAGGGAAAGAAUGGAAUCAAGCUAUGCUAGAUGAAGCGUAUAAAACUCUUCUAGAAGAUCUUCCUUUAUCACCUAGUGCUCCUGGUGGUAUGAUUCAAUAUCGAAGAGCCUUAACACUUAGUUUAUUUUUCAAAUCUUACUUACAUAUUUGUGAGAAAUUUUUACACAUUCCUGUACCAGAAAAUGAAAAAACUGGAGCAAAUACUUUUGACUAUUCAGUACCGAAAAGUUCACAAUACUUUACGAUUGCACCAGAUACCCAAGAAAAAACAGACAUGGUUGGUAGACCUUUGGUACAUGCGUCUGCGUAUAAACAAGCUUGCGGUGAAGCUGUUUACUGUGACGAUAUACCAAAAUAUGCAAAUGAAUUGUACAUGGCAUACGUACUUAGCACAAAAUCGCAUGCGGAAAUUAUUUCAAUUGAUCCAUCCAACGCCUUAGAAUUGCCAGGAGUUCAUGCAUUUUUCUCUGCUAAAGAUGUAACCAAAGAACAAAAUUUAGUUGGUGCAAUAUUCCAUGAUGAGGAAGUGUUCGUGUCUAAAACCGUAACAAGUCAAGGGCAAAUAUUAGGAAUUAUUUUAGGCGAUGAUCAAACUAUAGCUCAAAGAGCAGCCCGUAUGGUUAAAGUGGAAUAUAAAGAGCUACAACCAGUUAUUGUUACUAUAGAGGAUGCCAUUAAACAUAAAUCAUAUUAUCCAAAUUAUGGUCCAAGAUUAUUAAGAAAAGGUGAUGUUGAAAACGCUUUUAAAAAUCAAGUUGAUCAUAUUCUUGAAGGUGAAUGUCGUAUGGCGGGCCAAGAACAUUUUUACCUAGAAACACAUUGUGCUUUAGUUAUACCAAAAAAAGAAGAUGAUGAGCUAGAAGUUAUUUCCUCCACGCAGCAUCCAAGUGAGAUAUCGAAAUUAAUAGCACACUUUUUGGGAAUACCCAUCAAUCGAAUUAAUACAAAACUUAAACGUAUGGGUGGUGGAUUUGGUGGAAAAGAAUCACGUGGUGCACUAGUUGCGUUACCAGCUGCAUUGGCUGCUUUCAAAUUAAAUCGUCCUGUUCGUUGUAUGCUCGAUCGGGAUGAAGAUAUGUUAAUAACUGGUGGUCGACAUCCAUUUUAUUUUAAGUAUAAAAUAGGCUUUACUAAAGAAGGAAAACUUAUUGCAUGCGAGUGUGAAAUUUAUAACAAUGCUGGUUAUUCGUUCGAUUUGUCUACUUCGGUACUAGAACGAGCAAUGUUUCAUUUUCAAAAUGCAUAUUUUGUACCGAAUGUACUAGUAAAAGGAUACGUGUGUCGAACAAAUUUACCAUCAAAUACUGCUUUUCGUGGAUUCGGAGGUCCUCAAGGCAUGUUUCUGGCUGAAUGUAUGAUACGUGAUGUUGCAAACAAACUGAAUAAGGAUCCAAUGGAAUUAAUGAAAUUAAAUUUGUAUAAAGAAGGCGAUUUAACUCAUUAUAAUCAAGCAUUAAAUCAUUGUACAUUAUCGAGAUGUUUCGAUGAAGUUGUCCAAAUGUCUCAAUAUUAUGAACGAUUGUCUGCUAUUCAGGAAUUUAAUCGACAAAAUCGUUGGAGAAAACGUGGUAUAGCUGUGGUACCAUCUUGUUUUGGAAUUGCAUUUACAGCGUUAUUCUUAAAUCAAGCUGGAGCUUUAUUGCACGUAUAUACAGAUGGGUCAGUGUUGUUAAGUCAUGGUGGUACUGAAAUGGGUCAAGGAUUGCAUACAAAAAUGAUACAAAUUGCCAGCAGAGUACUAGGAAUAUCACAUACGAAAAUUCAUAUCACGGAAACGGCUACAGAUAAGGUACCAAAUACAUCUGCAACAGCUGCUAGUGCUGGUUCUGAUUUGAAUGGAAUGGCUGUAUUGAACGCUUGUAAUGUGAUAAUGGAACGCUUAAAACCUUACAAAGAAAAAAAUCCAAAAGGUAAAUGGGAGGAUUGGGUAAAUGCGGCAUAUUUUGAUCGUGUAAGUUUAUCAACAACUGGAUUUUAUAAAACACCAAUCGAUGGAUACAAUUGGGCAACUGGUACUGGUACGCCAUUUAAUUAUUUUACGUAUGGUUUUGCAUCCACUGAAGUUGAAAUCGAUUGUCUAACGGGUGAUCACAAAGUAUUAAAGACUGAUAUUGUUAUGGAUUUGGGUGAAAGUUUAAAUCCUGCGAUUGAUAUUGGACAAAUUGAAGGUGCUUUUAUGCAAGGUUAUGGACUAUUUUGUAUAGAAGAAUUAUUAUAUUCGCCAACGGGUACGUUGUACACUCGAGGACCCGGUGCUUAUAAAUUACCUGGAUUUGGUGAUAUUCCAACUGAAUUUAAUGUAUCGUUAUUGAAAGGUGCACCCAAUCCACGAGCAGUGUACUCUUCAAAGGCCGUUGGUGAACCACCUUUAUUUUUAGCAUCAUCAGCAUUCUUUGCAAUAAAAGAGGCUAUUGCAUCGGCUAGAGAAGAUGCUGGAGUUGAAAAACAUUUUAAAUUAGAUGCGCCAGCUACUUGUGCUAAAAUUCGAAUGGCUUGUUGUGAUCAUUUAACAAAUAAAAUACCAGAACCAGAACCAGGAAGUUUUACACCAUGGAAUGUUGAAUUGUAAAUGCCAUAUUAAAAGAUUGAUUAAAAUGUAUAAAUUAAUUUCCAUUUGUAUUAA